GAUGCAAAGCCCUGGGUCGCUGUACGUGGGAAGGGACUAUGUCAAUGUAUUUGAUCCUGUGUGCUUCUCACGGAGAGUACUUGGAUGCAGCGCGCAGAGCUGGAUGCGUCUAUGUUCCAGUCUGUCGAUGUCUUUUGUACAACUAGUUGAGCUGUCUUUGCACGAGAGUUGUCGUUUCUAAUCAUGUUUUUGAAAAAUGCCAAGUUGCUUUGCGAAUGUUUCACAGUUCAGGACUCUUUGCCUUACUGCUGAUGGUGCUGGUGUGGACACAUCUUGGCCUGUCCUCCCCAUUACGCCCCAUCUGCGACCUGCGCGUCCUCGACCAUUUCAUCAAGGAGGCCUGGGAUGCAGAAGCUGCCAUGAAAGCUUGUAAGGAUGAUUGCAGUGUUGCAACAAACCUCACUGUUCCUCUGACUAGAGUUGAUUUUGAUGUGUGGGAAGCCAUGAAUAUAGAGGAGCAAGCUCAGGAGGUCCAGUCAGGCUUGCAGGUGCUGAACCAGGCCAUCAGCUCAUUACAGUCAUCUAAUCAGACUGAUGUGCUACACUCCCACAUAGAUGCCAGUAUUAGAAACAUUGCCAGCAUCAGACAGGUGCUGCGAAGUCUCAGCAUACCGGAAUAUGUGCCUCCAACUAGUGGUGAAGACGCCCAGGAGACCCAGAAAGUAUCCUCGAUCUUAGAGGUGUUUCAGGUCCACAUCAACUUUCUGCGUGGAAAAGUGCGCCUUCUGCUUGCGAAUGCACCUGUCUGCCAUCAAGGUGUCAGCUGAUAGAAACUUAAGGGCAAGGGCCAAGUUAAUUGGAGAUCAUCAUAUCAGGAGGCAGGAUAUGGACUAUUACUGAGAUUAACUUAUGGGAAAUGAUAGAGUCACAAAGGAUAUUUCGCGAAAGUUUGAAGAAAUGAUCGCGAGCUGAAGCACUUUGAAAGAUUACAUCAUAAGGGGAAAUCUCACCACACUCUACAUUCUCCAGAAUGCUAUGCGCCCCUAUGGCAUUAUUAAAGCUUUCUACCUGCAUUAACUGGCAAAAUCAACCAAAAGGAAAAACAAAUGCAAGAAAUCACUCCUCUUUCCCUACAUGACUGCACUGAUUGCCCAGCACAACUGAGAAUGUUUAUCGCAGACUCUUUAAAAGUUUAUUUUUUAUUUUUUUUAUCGCUUAUUACAUUGUCAUUAUUUAUACAGAUUUGUUUCUUAGAGUUGGAGUCACUGGCUUUUGCAGACUCGUCUCUGAAGUAAUUCUUUUCCUCCAUCUACCAUGGCCUCAAGCACCACCAAAUGUUGAACUUUUGAUAGUGAAGAGUAUUUAUCAAUGUUAAUUAUGCACCAGGUUUUAUAUUCAUUUCAGUGUAUAUGAGUGUAAAUGCGUAUGUAUGUGUGUCUGUCUUUUGAGAAUGCUGCUGGGAAUGAUUAAUGGUCAGGGGAAAACAUUUUGUAAUGCUGAAUUGUUACGGGUCUGUUGGGGUUAAAAGGAGGAAGGACUAGAUUGCUGCUCGUGUUGGGAGAAUUGGAAGUUUCGUGAGAGCUGAUGAGGCUCUGUGAUAAUUAUCGCUGCUCACGUCUGAAUUUUGUUGAAGAACACUGUCUUUUGCCGAUAACAGCACUGCCAGGAAAAAUAUUGAUUAGUGUGUGACGAACAUCCUGCCUCACUUCCACUUUACUCACGAUGCUGCAUACUUGCCUUUGGGAAAUGAUCGUAAGGUUGACAUUUUGUUUCAUUUUUUCUUUUCUUUUUUGCUAAUUCUUGUUUAAUGUUUUUUCUAAAUACCCUGUUUGUUUUUGUUUUUUUUACAUCUGUCAAUCAGUCACUGCCGGAAUGCAACAAAGUAUGUUUUAUCUGUUUUUUCCUGUUAUUUUGCUUUUAUUUUCGUUUCUUUCCUCAAAACAUCAUUUGGUAUUCAUUUACAAAGUAUUAUUCUUAGUAAAUAAAAAAAAAUUGAACUUUAAAAACAAGGAGAGGAAGUUUGCCUUUUUUAUCUCUCAUGAGAUUCAUGCAAUACACUUCUGCCAUUCUGUAAAUAUAUGUGAUUCCAAGGUGAGUUUUAGAAGUGAAAACAAAAACUUUUAUAGGUAUGGUAGUAAGAAAUUUAGGCAUUUAUUAUGCCAAAGCCAUAAAUUGAUAAAAAAUGAGCACCACAUUUUUGUCUUGUUUUGUUUCUCUAUUCUUCUACAACCCCAAUUCCCCAAAAGUUGGGACAAUAUGCAAAAUGCCAAUAAAACAAAAAGGAGUGAUUUGUUAAUGUACUUUAACAUGUUUUCAAACUGUUUUUUUUUUUUUUUUUGCUGUUGUUGUUGAAAAAAACAGCUUUUGUAUUCUCUGAGCCAAAGAAAAAAGUGCCAUCCAAGCUGUCAUCAGCACCAAGUCAAAAAGCCAGUGUCUGUCAUGGUAUGGGGUGAGUCAGUGCCAAUGCAUGGGUAACUUGCACAUCUGUGAGCACACCAUUAAAGCUGAAAUAUGUACAGUAUGUAGGCUACACAUUUUGGAGCAGCUAAUGCUGCCCUCCAGGUGGUGCGUUUUCCAGCAAAACAAUACCAAACCACAUACUACUACCCUGAUUACAUGGCUGUGUGAGCAGAGAGAGUGGGUGCUAGAUUGACCUAGGAUUGAGAAUGUGUUGUGCAUUAUGAACCACAAAAUAAGGCAAUAAAGGCCCCUUAUAACUGUGCAGCUGAAAACCUGCAGAAUGGAUGAAUGGGGCAAAAUUCUGCUUGCUAAACUUGUGUCUUCAGUGCCCAAAUUCUUAAAAAUGUUAUCAAAUAAAUUAUGUUACACAGAGGUAAACACUCGACUGUCCCAACUUUUUUGGAGCAUAUUGCAAUCA